AUGUCUGAAGAAUUGCCAGAUUCAUCCACCUAUGGCCCGGGUGUCAUGGUAUUGGCUAAAAUGAAGGGCUAUUCUCCAUGGCCGGGUCUCAUUGUUGAGAAUGACUAUGUUCCAAGUAAUGUGUUGGCACUCAAGCCUUCGAAAAAACAGGUCUGGCCCGUAAGGUUUUUCAAUGACACUCAGUAUAUGUGGGCUUCUAGUGGCGAGCUUAGUUUGUUGACCAAAGAAGCUGUCACAAAGUACCUUGGGUCUGCUAAGGCUAAGAAGGAUAAGAAGCCUCUAGUUGAGGCAUACCGAUUUGCCGAGACCGAGCCUACUUUAGAAGAUAUUGUUGCAGCUGAUGAGGCAGUAGCUCAAGCUCAGGCUGAGAAACUGGCCAAGAAGACCAAGAAAAAGGCCGGUGCUGCCAGCAAUGGUGGAUCGGAGACUGGUGAGACUGCCAAGACAAGUUCGAAAUCGGGUGCCAAAAAGGAUUCACAGACUUCAACUUCAAGUACGAAGACGGCAACUAAUGGAGAAUCAGAGUCGUCGACUGCAUCGGUGAAAAAGAGAAAAUCCGCUGUAGAGGGCGAUUCCGCGUUGUCAUCAACAGACGCCAAAAAGGCUAAACUAGUCGAGUCCAAGAUCAAUGCUGCUAAUACCGCUAAGAAACCAUCCACCCCAAAGACAGUAUCUACAUCAACUAAAUCUACUUCCACACCGUCUUCGAAAGAACUGUCUAAAAAUUCAGAAGCACGUGGUAAGCUCACUUUCUUGAUUCGCCACAAACUACAAAAGGGCUUUCUUGGGAAGGAGCCUCCUCAAGAUAGCGAUAUGCCCGCGCUAUCAGAAUAUCUACGCAAGUUAGAAGAAAUCCCCAACUUAGAAUUGUCAGUAGUACGCCAAACCAAGGUCAAUAAGGUUCUCAAGGCCAUUUUAAAUCUCCCUGCAGAAAAGAUUCCUCUGGAAUCCAAGUUCAAUUUCCAGGGCAGAUCUCUCGCUCUCUUAGAUAAAUGGACAAGCAUGGCUGGUGAGACUGGUGCUUUCGCCAGAACCAAUGGUUCCAAGAGCGAGAGCAAGGAGUCAUCGGUUGUACCUGAAAAUAGUUCCACUGUCAAGGACGAGACAAAAACAGAGACUAAGCAGGACAACGCCAAGUCUGCUACUGAAGCAAAUGGCAGCAAAGACGUUAAAGAAGAAUCCAAGUUAGAAACAAAGGUGGACACUAAGGACGUAGUCGCAACAGGGGAGGCUACUAAAAAGGAGGCUGGCGAACCCAGUGUCGAAACAAAACAAGAAAACAACGACGGCCAUUCCCAGACCGAACCUGUCGCUAUCAACGAAGAAAAGUCGUCCGAGCUGGUGACGUCGCAGGGCUGA